AUGGCGGAACAAUAUGAGAAAGUGCAAUUCAAGACCCUCGACGGCAUCUUCUUGCGCGGGAGGCUCUACCCCGCAGCGCAAAAGGGCCCAGCUGUGAUCCUCAGCCCGGGUUACAACGUAACCCUAACCAACUUCCCCCCCGGCGUCGCAACCGAGCUCCAAAAAGCCGGAAUCACCGCGCUCGUCUACGACCCGCGCAACACCGGAACCAGCGGCGGCUUCCCCCGCAACGACAUCAACCCCUUUGCGCAGGUCGAGGACUACUCGGACGCAUUCUGCUACCUAUCUACACUGGACAUCGUAGACGCCAAAGCCAUCUUCUUCUGGGGGAUUUCGCUCUCGGCGGGGAUUGCGCUGAGCGCGGCGAGUGUGGAUCGGCGCAUCGCGGGCGUUAUUGCCGUGGCGCCGAUUUUCAAGUUUCUCCCCGUCAAGGAGGGCGAUAGCAAGCGGCUGAAGCGGCAGAUGGUCAAGGAUCGCGAGGCGCAGGUGCUCCGCGGCGAGCAGGGGUAUGUGCUCCCGAUUAUGGAGAGUUUGGCGGAGAUUCCGUUUAAUUCGCAUGUCAAUGCGCAGCACCAUGAGGACCUGAAGCUGAACCUGAACGGGGACGGAAACGGGGACGGGGGAUUGGGGGAUCACGCCGAAGCCAACGGCGAGACAGACAACAACAACGACAACGACAACGACACUACUACGACUCCUCCUGACUCACCCGGCCUAACCCACAACCCCAACGGCACGACGCUCCAAUCCUACCACCGCAUGUUCCUCUUCGAGCCCGUGCCCGAAGCCAUGGCGGCGCAGAUCCACCCGACCCCCGUCCUAUUCCUCACCCCGUCCGAAGACCAGAUCUCGCCGCCGGAAAAGCAAACGGCGGUCUUUGCGUCGCUGCGCGCGCCUAAGCGGCAGGUCUUUGCCCCCGGCAAGGAACACGUGUAUGUCCUGCACGGGCCGGAAAUGCCGGGACUUGUGAGGCGGCAGGUCGAGUUUGUUUGGGAGGUUGUUAGGGGUGGUUUUGCUGAGAACACGGCGAAUGGGAGCGCGGGGUGUGUCUGA